AAACAGCAGGCAUCCUUCGGACUGAGCGGAGGUGCAGCCAUGCGUUGCUCCACCCUUCUAGCCAUCCUGACCGGGGUGCUCCUCUACUUGGUCCUGGGUGCCUUGGUGUUCCGCACCCUGGAGGCGCCCCACGAGGAGGGCCAGCACAUGCAGCUGCAGGACACUCGCCGCGACUUCCUGUCCAACUUCACCUGCGUCAACCCGGACAACCUGCAGGCCCUCAUAGAGGAGGUGGCAGAUGCCAUUGGUGCAGGUGUGGAUCCAAGCAGCAACGCUACCUUUGCCAGCCAAUGGGACCUGGCCAGUGCAUUUUUUUUCUCAGGGACGAUCAUCACAACCAUCGGUUUUGGAAACAUUUCCCCCAAGACAAACGGUGGGCAAUUGUUCUGCAUUUUCUAUGCCUUGGUGGGGAUCCCCAUGUUUGGCAUCCUGCUGGCUGGAGUUGGAGACCAUCUGGGCACUGGACUGAGGAAAGCCAUUGCCAAAAUAGAGACUCUCUUCCUGAAGUGGCGGGUCAGUCCAACCAUUGUGCGUGUCAUCUCAGCUGUCCUCUCUAUCCUGUUGGGAUGCCUGCUCUUUGUUGCGGUGCCAAUUCUGGUUUUCCAGGAGGUGGAGGGGUGGACGCUCCUGGAAUCGGCCUACUUUGUGGUCAUUACGUUGACAACAGUGGGGUUUGGAGACUAUGUUGCAGGUGAUUCUGGAGAUGCAGGGAGUGACCACUGGUAUAAACCUUUGGUGUGGUUUUGGAUUCUGCUAGGUCUCGCCUACUUUGCAUCUAUCCUGACGAUGAUUGGUAACUGGCUUCGGGUUCUGUCCCAGAAGACCAGAGCUGAGAUGGAGGGACUGCGGGCCCAUGCGACUGAUUGGACUCAGAACAUCCAGAACAUGUCAGUCGACUUUCGCAUUGCAGGAAGAAUUGAUGACCCCUUCAAACGCCGGCGGCGAAAGCGCCGCCAUGGUUCUCGCAGCCAUGGGAACCACGUCUCAGCUGCUGGUGACCCUGAGGGGAAGCAACAAGAGAAUGACAGCCAAACCGAAUCUGGAUCUUCCUCCUUUUCCUCUUCCUCCUCUAAUGAAUCAGAAUCUGGAUCAGAAACAGGAUCUCAGGUCACUCAGACGGACCAUGUGCCCGAGGGAAAAAGUGUUGAGGCUGAAAAAGAAAAUACUGUCCCAGAUCCACUGUUUACUCAGCCUCUGGAUUACUUUGGGGAGAACCUCGCCUUCAUUGAUGAGUCUUCAGAUACACAGAGUGGAAAACUACAUUUGAAUCCUCUGUUGGAUCCUGCACAGCCCAACUUAGCACGCUCCCGUCAGCCUAAGAGGAGACGCCAAAGAAGACCUCUGCCACAUAGAAACCAUAAAAACAACUCCUCCAAGCCAGAAAAGAAGGAGCCCAAUGGAACCGUCAAGCCUAUUCCAAACUUACCACCCGAGUCUUAA